AUGUUUGGAACCUUGCAAUCGGAUUUGGCAUCGCCCAUCACUCUAUCAAGCAAGAACAAGUCGGACUUGGCCGCUGAAAUCCACCGAGACUUUGCCGAGCUGGCAGUCGGCCUUUCGGACGCUGCGCUGUCCGAAACAGGCUGUUACCAUUUGCCCGAUCGGGUCUAUGGCGAUCAAACGUAUCAGCCCACUUCAUUGGGCCCUCAUCUGGGUGCGAAUGGCCCGCACGUUGACCUCAAGUGCUGCCGCAUGGUGGCCCGCCUUUUGACGAAUCGAGGUUUGACAAAGCUAUGCAUCCUCGAGGCUGGACAGGUCUCAGAUAAAGUCAGCAGCUAG